AAGUCGCUGUUUGAUGACGACAUCCACACGCGUGUUGGGAAAAUGGAAAGAAAACAAAUGUCAGCUUUCUCCAUGUAUCACACGUUACCAGCACGACUUUCGUCUGCUGAUACGAAGCCUUCAUUGCAGGUGGCAUCUAAAAAAAAGAAAAGAGUGAAUGACAAUUUUAUUACCACAAGUCAAGAGAAAAAGAAGAAAAUGAAAACCAAGAAUCAUGCAGCAGAAGUUGCCAUACCGAGACUGUCCGAUCCAAAGUGUGUAAACGCUGGUGAGGAGGCCCUAAAUGUGUUACUCGCUGAGUUGGCACAAAUGAACAACAGCAAGGAACGGGCCAGCAGGCUUUUCCAGUGGCUGAUCAACCCAAUUCCCAGCAAGGCCUUCUUCAGGGAAACAUGGGAGAAGAAACCUGUUCUUGUUCAGCGUAAAAAUCCAAAUUACUACAAGGGAUUAUUCUCCACAGAAGAGUUUGAUCGCAUUCUUCGACAGGAGGAUGUUCAGUAUGGCGUGAAUUUAGAUGUCACAAGUUACACGGACGGUGAGAGGGAAACGCACAACCCUCCUGGUAGAGCUUUGCCAUACACAGUUUGGGAUUUCUAUGAGAGUGGCUGCUCCCUCCGGAUGCUGAAUCCUCAGGCGUUCUCCUCGACUGUAUGGAAUGUGCUGUCCAUCCUGCAGGAGCAUUUUGGCAGCAUGGCAGGCGCCAAUGUUUACCUUACACCACCCGGAACACAAGGAUUCGCCCCACAUUACGAUGACAUUGAGGCUUUUGUCAUUCAGUUGGAGGGAAAGAAGCACUGGAGGGUCUACAAUCCAAGGUCAGACGAGGAAGUCCUGCCUGUGCAUUCAAGUCCCAAUUUUACACAGGAAGAAAUUGGGAAGCCUAUUCUGGAGGUGGUGCUGGAGGCAGGAGAUCUACUUUACUUUCCACGAGGGUUCAUCCACCAGGGCGACUGCCUCUCGGAUGCACACUCGCUUCAUAUUACCGUCUCCUCCUACCAGAAGAACAGCUGGGGAGAUUUGCUGCAGAAGAUGGUUCCCACUGCUCUUGAAAUUGCAAUGGAGGAGGAUGUGGAGUUCAGACAGGGCUUACCUCUGGACUACCUCUCCUACAUGGGCGUUCAAAACUUCGACAAGGAUGAUCCACGCAGGGCAGCAUUCUUCUCCAAAAUCGAUAACUUAAUGAACAAGCUUAGGAAUUUUACCGCAGUCGACGCUGCUGUGGAUCUUAAAGCCAGAGAGUUUCUUCAUGAUUGCUUGCCUCCAAAGCUCACUGCAGAGGAAGCAGCCAGAAGUGUGCACAAAGCACCUGCUCGGUGGGAGGACGGAAGCGUAAAGGACGUAGGCGCUUCCAUCACCAGCCAAACUCGAGUCGGACUCCUCCGAGCAGGCUGUGCUAGGCUCUGCAGCGAUGGCGACGCCGUCCAUCUUUACUACACCACCGACAACUCUAGAGUUUAUCACAAAGAGGAGCCGAAAAGCUUUGAAAUACAACCUGAGUACACGGAUGCAGUUGAGUUUCUGAUUCACUCCUAUCCUCAAUUUGUGAGCGUAAGAAGUUUCCCGUGCGAUUCAAUGCAAGAGAAGAUCUCUUUGGCUGAGCUACUUUUUAAGAAUGGAGUCAUCCAGAAGGAAACACUUCCGUAGUGCCAUCAAUUUCUUCACAUGACAUUAUUUGGUGUAGAAAUAAUCAACCACCAGAUAUGAAUGCGUUCCAAGUAAAUAUGAUAAUGACUGAUAAAGGUUUUUUAAUAAAGACAACAGAGUUUGA